CAGAGGUCCAGGAGCCAGGACACGGCACAGCUGAGGUGUGAAGAGGUUCGUGUCCAAAAAACUGGAUAAUUACAAUCAACCCAGCGGCAGCUGCCCAUCUCGCAGACCCAUUUGGACCACCAAUGAGCUGACUUCCCGGCCACCGACAUGUAUUAGUUGUACGUGAUCCAGUAUGAGCACAAAAGUACACUGAUGAGUGUCCAAAGUAGUGGAAGUUUGGAGGGGACGCCAUCUUUGGUCCCGGUUCUCCACGUCCCCAACGCGGAUUGUUUUUUCAGCAACAUAUCGCGGCGGUGGUGAAGGAUAAAGGACGGUGUCGUUUGACGAUAUAGGACUCGAAACUGUUUGCUAUAUGUUUGUGUGCCAUGGAGGAGCUUCACAGCCUGGACCCCAGGAGACAGGAGCUGCUGGAGGCUCGCUUCAUGGGCGGUGUCGGCGGCAGCACCGGGGGCAGCACCGGCAGCACCAGCGGGGGAACCAAAGGUUUAGCAAACAAUGAAUGUUCAAAUCACAGCUUUGGAAGCAUAGGGUCUUCAAGUGACAAGGAGUCUGAGGGCUCGGAUGUGAAAAGGGGGAGCUCUCCUGCUUAUUCGACACCGGAGAAGAAGCCAUCGGAGUCUUCGAGGGGAAGGAAGAGAAAACCUGAGACCCAAUCAGAAAGCAGCCAAGGAAAGACCAUUGGCCGUGGACCUAAAAUCAGCGAUUAUUUCGAUUUCCAGGGAGGGAACGGGGCCAGUCCUGUCAGAGGAGGAGGGGCUGGCGGAGGAGGAGGAGGAGGAGGAGGAGGAGGAGGAGGAGGAGGUGUUGGUGGUGGUGUCCCACUAGUGAUCCGCUCGCCACAGAACUCCCACUCAGCUCAGGGUGCCGCUGUCAGACAAAGUAGCUCAUCUCCCCCCAGUCUGUCUUUCGGGGACCAGGUCAUGCUUCCAAAGCAACUCGCAAUCAAAUGUGUCCAGACUGACCUCACUGGACUGAAACUGGCUGCACUUGAAAGCAAUAAGAAUCUGGACCUUGAGAAGAAGGAAGGGAGGAUCGAUGACUUGUUGAGGGCAAACUGUGAUCUCAGAAGGCAGGUAGACGAACAACAAAAAUUACUUGAAAAGUUUAAGGAACGCUUGAAUAAAUGCAUCAGUAUGAGCAAGAAGCUGCUCAUAGAGAAGAGCACCCAGGAGAAGCAGUCGUGCCGGGAGAAGAGCAUGCAGGACCGGCUGCGUCUGGGACACUUCACCACGGUGCGCCACGGGGCCUCGUUCACCGAGCAGUGGACGGACGGCUACGCCUUCCAGAACCUCGUCAAGCAACAGGAGUGGUUGAACCAGCAGCGCGAGGACAUGGAGAGGCAAAGAAAACUGUUGGCUAAAAGGAAGCCGCCGUCGUCCAGCAACUCCCAGGCGCCCGCGACCAACUCGGAGCCAAAACAGCGCAAGACAAAGGCGGUGAACGGAGCUGAAAGCGAUCCCUUUCUGAAACCCAGCCUACCUCAGCUGUUGACUCUCGCCGAGUACCACGAGCAGGAGGAGAUCUUCAAGCUGCGGCUUGGUCAUCUGAAGAAGGAAGAAGCGGAGAUCCAGGCCGAGUUGGAGCGUCUGGAGAGAGUGCGUAACCUCCACAUUCGAGAGCUGAAGAGAAUAAAUAAUGAAGACAGUUCUCAGUUUAAGGACCACCCGACGUUAAACGAGCGGUACCUGCUCCUACACUUGCUAGGCAGAGGGGGCUUCAGUGAAGUUUACAAGGCCUUCGACCUCAUCGAACAAAGAUAUGCUGCUGUGAAGAUCCAUCAACUCAACAAGAACUGGAGGGAGGAGAAGAAGGAGAACUAUCACAAGCAUGCGUGCCGGGAGUACCGAAUACACAAGCAGCUGGACCACCCUCGCAUCGUGAAGCUCUACGACUACUUUUCACUGGACACGGACACGUUCUGCACGGUGCUGGAGUACUGCGAGGGCAACGACCUGGACUUCUACCUGAAGCAGCACAAGCUCAUGUCGGAGAAGGAGGCGCGGUCCAUCGUCAUGCAGAUCGUCAACGCACUGAGAUACCUGAACGAGAUCAAGCCGCCCAUCAUCCAUUAUGACCUCAAGCCAGGCAACAUCCUAUUGGUGGACGGCACGGCGUGCGGGGAAAUCAAGAUCACAGACUUUGGUUUGUCCAAAAUCAUGGACGACGACAACUAUGGCGCCGAUGGCAUGGACCUGACGUCGCAGGGGGCCGGGACAUACUGGUACCUGCCCCCCGAGUGUUUCGUCGUGGGUAAAGAACCUCCAAAGAUCUCCAACAAGGUGGACGUGUGGUCUGUGGGCAUCAUCUUCUUCCAGUGUCUCUACGGGAGAAAGCCCUUCGGCCACAAUCAGUCCCAACAGGACAUCCUGCAGGAGAACACCAUCCUUAAAGCUACAGACCUCCAGUUCCCUGUGAAGCCCGUCUCGAGUAAUGAAGCAAAGGCCUUCAUCAAGCGCUGCCUGGCCUACCGCAAGGAGGACCGAUUCGACGUGCACCAGCUGGGGGGCGACUCCUACCUGCUGCCACACAUGCGGCGAUCCAGCUCCUCAGGCGCCCUGCAGGUGGGCCCCGGGGGGCCGGGCUCCUCCUCCACCCCCACCACCGGGGGCGUCAUCUCAUCAUACUGACUCUCUCUCUCUCCUCUUGCACUGUGACGGAACCGAGCAGCGGGCUGCUCCCCCCCGCCCCCCCCCCCCAGCCCCGCCCGGCGUCUGUCUGGGGGUCCGAGGGUCUGAGGACUGGGGGAGCAGGACACGGAAGGGGGGAGGGCGGGGAGGGACUAGAAUGGCCAAACCCCCCCCUCCCACCAACUCUUCCCUGCACCCAUGUCGUGCUCCUGGCGUUGGCACAGCCCUGGAUCGAUGGGGGAGGGGGGGGGGAGGAGCCUGAGGGGAACAUGGAUCCUGAGGAGAAGAUCCAGAAGAGCACUGAACGAAACUGACUUGAGAACCUGGAGGAGGAUCUGGGUGGAGA